AGUCAUAAACAAUCAUGGCGUCGUGCGGUGCAGCUGGGACCGGCCCCCUCGUCUUGAGGGUGAUUUCAAACACGGUUAAAAUCGUUAACAGCGCUGGAAAAAUAAUCAAGGACAUCAUGAACAGCGGGAAUCUCGGUAUCGUCGAAAAGGAAGGCAUCAACGACCUGCAAACUGAAGCAGACCGCUCCGUCCAGCGCUGCAUCGUGACCUCCCUUUCCCGACAAUUCCCCAAACUGACCAUCAUUGGAGAAGAGACACUAGAGGAGAAGAAAAUUAGUGACGACUGGAUCAUCACUGACCACGACAAAGAUGUCCUGUCAACGACACUGCCAGAUGAACUCAAGAAUGUCAAAGAGGAAGAUCUUGUCGUUUGGGUGGACCCCCUGGAUGGGACUAAGGAGUACACACAAGGCUUUCUGGAUCACGUGACCAUACUGGUUGGGAUCGCGGUGCAGGGUAAGGCAGUCGGCGGUGUCAUUCAUCAGCCUUACUACAACUACCAGGUGAGGAGGAUUCAGGUGGAAAAGGACGUCUACAAGCAAGGACGAACAAUGUGGGGGAUCGUUGGUGUCGGUGCAUUUGGUAUCAAGCGCACACUACCCCCUGCCGGCAAGAGGAUCAUCACCACGACACGUUCCCACUCGAGUCCAGUCAUCAACAGCUGCAUCGAGUCCAUGAAGCCAGAUGAAGUGCUUCGUGUCGGUGGAGCAGGUCACAAGGUGCUGCUCUUGAUUGAAGGCAAGGCGCACGCCUACGUGUUCCCGAGCAAGGGAUGCAAGAAAUGGGACACCUGCGCUCCAGAGGCAAUCCUCCACGCCACUGGAGGUCUCCUGACAGACAUCCACGGCAACCGGCUACAGUACCACAAGGAUGUCGAGCAUGUCAACGGUGGCGGCGUCCUCGCCACCUGCCUCAAGGAGCAGCACGAGUGGUUCAAGAAUCACAUUCCCCCCGAUGUCGCCAAGACACUGCCCGUACCCUCAACACAAUCCUAGCCACUGCCUAUUCCCUACAGGACAACAGGGCUGCACUUAGAGCUCUAGUACCUCUUUUGUUGGCUUAUGUCCCCGGACAGUUUUAUUCUGGAGUCUUGGUUUCUUCGGUUCUUCUAGCUUUGUACCAGUUUCUAGACCGCUUAUUUAGUCUGUUCUUGUGCUUUCGUUGGGAGUGGGGGACAUAUGUGCUGUUCUGUGCACUUGUUAGCUCUUUUUUCUUUCUUCCCAAGCUCACUGUAAGGUCGUAGAACCAGUGUGCUUGGUUUUUGUCCCUACCUCGAGCACUGGUGAAUUUUGGUACGCACAGUUCUGUAGCUAAGACGAGAUAGUUUUUUUAUAUCUGGAAACGUUUACUUAAGGCAAGUCCAAUGCAUUGAAUAUAUUAAAGAAUCAUCAUGUACGGUUUGUUAUGAAUAACAAGUUUUGAGGUACUAAAAGCUAAUAAUGUUAUGUUGAGAAAGGGAAUGAAUAAUUCUAUAAGUAGUAUUUUAUGGUGUUAGGUAAGGGGUAGUAUACCAUAAUUAUUUUACUUGUAUAUGCAUGUCUGGUUUUUUUUUCUCUGAUGUAGUUUAGAUUCUCUGUGCACUUGCAAACUCCUUUGGCCCAAAUAUUUUUUUUAAAUUUUCUUCAGGUCAAGAUAGCAAAGCAUUGAAGCCAUCAUAGCCUUUUUGAUUUAACAAUAUGACUAUUUUUACGUGUGCAUUCCAUGUAACUCAUGAACGUAAUUUUGAUACCGUUGAUAAGCAAACAAAGUAUUUUUUAUUGGUUAUACAUUACCAGUGAGAAGGGAGCAAAUACAGUCUGCAGGAACAAUAAUAGCAACGGCAGUGCUGAGUGCAUUGUUGUGGCAAUGUUUUUAAUUGUUUGUAAUUUCAUUUUGAGCCCGGUGUGUUCGUCCGAUUUUAGCUGUUGCACUCAUUGACUGUAAUAACAGGUGUUAGUGUAAUAAAUUGACUGUUGUAAGCGAUUUGAGAGUGUGCAAGUUUUGUUGUUCGAAAGGUGUUGCUGCGAAUUGAUUGUAGGUUGUUGUAAUAACACAUUUCACGUAUGUAUUUUUCAGGAUGACAGAGGAUUAGUAAUAUUAUACACUAAAGUUGAUCUUUUUACUCGCCCGUUAAUGCUUGUUGCAUGCUGAAAGUUGUCCGAAGACUGCUGCAAUAAUGUGCCGUUCCGAUGAACAUUAGAGUGAAAUUCAUAUAUUUGACUGCACAAUUUAUUAUGGAAGGCAGAUGUACGGGUAUAGGGCUUGGUUAGAUGAUGUGCUUCAAUGUCGUGCAUUCAAUAAACAGCGUUUGAAUUUUUUGA